AAGUAAAUAAUAUAUAAAUAAUCAAAACAAAAUUAAUUAUUUUUUCAUCAUCUUCCACCGCCGCACUCCCAAACCCUCCCCUGCACCUUCUUCAAUCGAUCUGCCUUAGGGUAAUUAAUUUCCUCAAACCAUCGGCCCUCCUAACUCUCCUCCACCACCGCAACAACCUCCAGAUCUCAUCGGCCCUCCUAACUCUCCUCCACCACCGCAACAACCUCCAGAUCUGACAAGAUAACCUAUGGAUGACGAAGCUCCUCCGCUCCGCUGAAACCGCUGACUGGAGAUCGAGGAAAAAAGACGAGCAGGCCUCUUCCGCCUUCUUCCGAGUGCAAUCGUGCAGGCGAAACCGAGGGGAAUCAAACUAGCCAAUUGGUAACUGCAACAACGACCAACGAGAAUCGACCCGACAUAUCCAGAAACAACCCCUCAAGCUCAGUUAUUGGAGAUCUGGAUCUUCUGGUCCUAUAAAGAGGUUGGACGGUGGCGAGGUUUCGGGACGCAUGAGGGCGAAGCUUGUUUUGGAAUGGAGAAGGUCGAGGGAGGCUACCGAUACUGGUGGAAAGAUGAGGGGAUUGACUGCGGCGAGAGUCACCGCCACCUCCUGUCCACCCUUUGUUGCUGGAAGUCGAGAGGCAGACUGUUGGCGAUUGGAACCCUUCGUCUGUCGCCCAAAUCCAACUCGGAUUCCCAGCUGCCACCAGCGUCUUUCAUCUUAUUAACUGCUUUGAUUCAGCCGCCACCUACUGUUGCUCCGAUUCCUGGAAAAAAGUUUCGAUAGGUGGUGUUGUGGUUGCUGCUUUUUAUUAGAAUCAUCAAUUAGGAGGCGAGAUAGAGUUGGAAUAGAAGAGAAGGUGAAAAGCAACUUUCUGCCGCUAGCAUCUCUUCCCGGAUCGAUGGCGGCUGAGAGAGUCCAAGUCCUAACUUGAGAGGCUUCAAGUCGAUAAAGCUUAAUCUUUCUAGAGGUGGUAGCUGGAAGGGAUUCCAAUUCCGUCUAGUUUGAAUCUCCAAUUUUUUUUUUUAGUUUAAUAUAAUUUUGAAUAAAAAAAAUAAUCUAAUGUGUAAAAGGAUAAUAGAUGUGUAAUGAUGUGGCAUUUACAUGGCUGCCACAUUUUUGCUACAUCAUCAAAAGUUAAUAUUGUUUUGACCAUCGUCUGGUCAACCGUUAUCUGUAACGGUCAAUAAAAAUGUUAGUUAAAUGACACAAAACUAUCAUACGAUGGGAUAGAAAUGAAAUAUUGAAAAGAAUAGGAUACAAGUGGCAUUUUGAUGAUAGUUCGAGUGUUGUAGUGGUAUUAGUCCUAACCUUUUUGGUAUGCUCUAUGAUAUAUGUGAUGUGGUUUGUUGCAGUUUUUGUUUAUAUUUUGUGGUCUGCUUCAUUAUACUUGUGGUGAGGCGCCGGAUGCAGAAUUAAUGCACAACGCAAUA